AAAUGUCCGCAUGUUAAAUAAAAUAAAUAAUACGAAGUUCUUCAUUUCAUUUCCAAUGUUUUAGUUCAUUCAUAAAUUUGUACACUUAAAAUCAUAAUGUAAAUUCAAGUGUUUAAGAAGUUUGUUAUAGUUUAAUAUAGUUGAUUUGAAAUUCGAAUAAAAUUAGCUGCAGUAAUUUUAAGAAGGAAAAAAGUUUGAAUGAGAUUUGAUGCGACACGGCGAGCAGUGGAAUUUUUGUUAUUUUAUUCUUCUAUAAAUGUGCAUAGAUAAAGUUGGCCAAACAACAACAAUCAACACAUUCUGUAUAAAUUGUAGAGAGCAUUUGUUUUGUGACGUGAACACAUUUUUGCUCCAAAACAGUAUAAAUCCUUUUGUACGAAAAAAAAACUGUGUUUCUUUAAGUGAAUCAUUCCUGUGGAUAAAAUAACAAAACAAAAACGAUGAUGCGUCCCCCACAUAUGCCACCGCAAACUGCCACUCAUCAUAUGUCGAAUAUGUCACAACAUCAGCAGUCUCACAUGAAUAUGGCAACGGGACAGCAACCACACAAUCAUAUGAUGCACAAUCAUCAAAAUUACCACCAGAACAGAUCGGGCAAUCAUCAUUCGCAUCAACGUUCGUACGGACAAAAUCGUCCGAAUUUUCAUAACGGAAACCAUAAUAUGCAUAGCAAUCACGGGCCAAAUAACGUUGCAAAUAUUUCAACAACUGUGUCUCAACCGCAACAGCAACAGCAACAAACAAAUAUCAACAAUAAACUAGACACAAAUAUUAACGUUCAACCUCAACAAUCAAAUUCACAAUCGAGAUACAAGACAAUGGAAUCCACAAAUUUAUCAUCCAAUCAACAACCGCACGCAACCCAAAAAUCAUCGAUUCAAAUGACAUCGAAUGGUGAAAAUGCCCUCAAUAUGGACAUUAUGGAGUUGAAUCAUGGAUGUGUCGAUGAUCAGGGUGCCGUGAAUGUCAUCGCCACAUCGAAUACGUCAAGCAAAACAAAGUCUCCAAUGUGUUUAAUCAAUGAAUUGGUUCGAACCAAUCAGUUAAAGCAUCAAUACCGUAUAACCGAUGAGAGAGGACCAUCACAUGAUAAAUUGUAUACAGUUGUAUUGGAAUUGGGCGACGAACGAUACACUGCACAAAGCAAGACAGUUAAAGGUGCACAGCAAUCAGCAGCCACAGCCGCUCUUGAAAAAACAAACUAUAAACAAGCAAGUCGACCCCGUGGCUUUCUUAUUCGAUAUCAACAAAAAUACGGUCCUGGCAAUACAGUCACACCGACCGUUCAAUUGAACGCUUUGGCCAUGAAACGAGGCAUUCCAACAAACUAUUCAUAUACUUAUCCAAAGUCAUAUAAUGAACAAACACCAAAUUUGAUGCGAAACACUCGAAUGACUAAAGGGACGAAAUCGCGGUUUUACGAUCGAUUCUAUAAUAAUCGACCUUUGCGAUUUGUUCAUCAUACAACCGAAGAUGAUCCGUAUCGAGCAACUGUUGUAAUUGGAGAUAAGCAAUUUUCCGGCACUGGUCUCACGCUGCAAUCGGCAAAACAUGACGCUGCAUCAAAAGCUUUGAUUGAACUACAAGAUGAACCAUCUAAAGACUCACAAUCGACAGUUUCAAAUGAUUUUGAAGCGUCUGGCAAAGUAGUACAUAUUAAUGGAGAUGUAACAAGUGAAAAUGCCGUCGAUCGUAGCAAAUCAGCAAUAUCAGUAGUACAGGAAAUUGCACAGAAACGUGAUCUUCCCAUACGUUUUGUUGUGGAAAGUGAAACGGGACCGGCUCACAUGAAACAUUUUGUCAUUAAGUGCUCGGUGGGCGAAAUGGAGACAACUGGCAAUGGCAAUUCAAAGAAGGUGGCCAAAAAACAUGCAGCCGAAAUUAUGCUCAAUGAAUUAAAGAAAUUACCACCACUUCGUAGUGCUAGUGAAAUGCAAGGAAGUCGUCGUAAAAACUUUGCAGGCAAACGAAUUGCAUCUGCAAAUAGUCGUCAACAAGUGCAACAAACAAAUGCUCGACGAAAAGGUAGCCAACAAGUCAAAGAAGUCAAUAAUACGAGCACAUCGGCCACUGAAACCACAACCAAUGACAAUGAACGAGUUAAUAAUGCAGUUCAAACGUUACUUCAUAUACAACAAACCACACAACAGCCCGAACCACUGUUCAAUGUGGUCGAAGAGCGUGGAGCAAAUCGUCGUAAACAAUUUGUUGUGGAAAUCAGUUACGCUGGCUUAACGGCUCGCGGUACUAGUAGUAAUAAAAAAUUAGCAAAACGUGAAGCCGCCAAAAAUAUGCUCAUCCAAUUGGGAUACAAUGAAUUUGAUAAUUCUGAUGUAAUAACUAGCCAAAAUGCAAACAGUCAAAAUGCAAGCAGAAAAGUGACAUUCUCCGAGGCAAGAGUGCACAGCGAAAAUAUUAUUGGACAAUCGGUUGGUGGUGCAGCUGGCCGACAACUAGUUCCAGGUAUUUUAUUAAUGAAAAGUCCCGAAAAUAAUCGAAAAGCCAAAAAUUCAACUCAACCAGGAAUUAAUUACACAACAACAGCAACAAUUGCCAAAGAAUUACUCGAUGCAGGAACGUCACCAACAGCUGAGGCUAUCAUUAAUCAAAAUUCACCGAUCAAGAAGAAACCCACCGAAGAUACAAAAUCAACAAUUGAAAUAUCACCAUCAAAAAUCGAACCGAACAAUAAUAAUAUUGAAGAAACAAAAACCAAUUCAUCACAUGGCGGUAUCCGUGCCACCGAUCAAUUACUCUACUUGGCCGAUUUACUCAAAUUUGAGGUUCAAUUUGACGAUUUUCCACGGGGUAAUCAUAAGGAUUAUUUAACGCUUGCAUCACUGAACACAGAUCCGCCGCAAAUGUUCCAUGGUUCGGGCAGCAGUUUGGAGGUAUCGAAAAAUAAUGCAGCAUUGGCGGCAUUAAAGGCGCUCAGUGAACUUGGUUUGGAUAAUGUAAACCGGCCACGAGAUCAACAACCAAAAUCAAUACUGAGCAAUGGAAAAUCGAACUAAAUUCAGACAUUUACACCUCAAUUAUCCCUUAAUUUGAUUUAUUGAGGCCAUACAUCUAAUCAGGGAUUGUUCUCCUGCGGGGGAGGAACGGCGAGGAGGAUAACCGUUCGUCCUCCUCAGAGGAACAAUCCCUGCAUCUAAUUUAAUUAAUUCGCAAGAAAAAGAAAAGAGUGAAACAACCAAAAGUUGUCAUUCAUUUGAUAUAUUUUGAAAGACUUUAAAGCAUAGGAAAACCUUAGUAAAUUCAAAACAAUUGUGCUCACUAGUUAAAUUUUAUAUUACUUUCGAUUUCCGUGCUUUCAAUCAACAUCAACAAUAGAACAACCCCACCAUAUAAAUAGUUUUUUUUUCUGUUCUACAUAUUUUUUUUUCGCAAGUCGAAAUUUAGUUUAUAUAUCUUGUUUUCGCCCUUAAAUAGAUCAGAAAAUGUUAACUAAAAUGUUUGGAUCAAUUGUCGUUAAUUUGUAUUUAAAUCACAGCGUAAAAAUUGUAUUUAUUAUGUUCUCGUUAGUUAAAACCAAAGUAGUAUUUUCGAAAUAAUUUAUUAUAAUUUUUGCUUUUGCACAUCAAAAAUGAUGAUUAAAAAAAACACAAUUCAGCACACAAUACACACUUCAGUUGAUAAGAUAAAUCUGAAUUAUUAUAAUUUAUAUAAAUGCAUAUUAAAAGAAAUACUUGAAAGGUUGUUGUUACCUUGUUACUAAUUGACGAAGAAAAUGAAACAAACAACAACAAAAAAAUGAAAUGAAAACAAGAACAUGUUGAUGACGAAAGCCAAUUAGAGACAUUUGAACAUUUGGCAAAAUUUACAACUGAUAAAUGGACGAAGAUAAGAAUUUUGUGUCGACAAUUGAAUAACAAAAUAUUUAUCUUUGGACUAUUUUCAGUGUAUAUACACUUGUAGAAAGCGAUGUUUAUUGUUUACAAAUCAAGUAAAUUUAUGCAACAUUUCACUCCCAAAAGAUGAGUUUGAUAUAAACAUAACAUACGUUUGAGAGUGGCACGUCAUGCAUGGCACCAAAACUCUCUCUCAAAUGUAUUGUGUAUGUGUGUAUUGUCGAUGAACAGAAAAAUGAUCGCUUUCUGUUGUCGCUCGAAUACGAAAAAUGUAAUGAAACAUGAAGAAUGUUGUGUCUUCAUUCAAGUCAUAGAAUGUUGGAAACCAAAUGAAUGAAUUCAAAAAUGAAGAACUGUUUUAAAUCGAUGUUUUCAAUCUCAACAAUAAACAUUCAAACUUGCCAAAUCCCGUGGGCGACGCAACGCGUUGGUGUUGAGAUAAAAACAAUCAAGAAAAAACAAUACCAGUCCGACGAGAAAAAAAAGAGCGGUGCAGACAAACAUUGUCACUGGAAAAUGUUCAUUUUGGAAUAUAGAAAAAAACGGCAAAACAAAAAUGCAAAUGAAUUAAUUUCUUUUAUUAAACAUGCGGCAUAUUUUUAAAAAAAGAAGCAGCAAUUAUGCAUAUAAUCUUAACAUCGUCUGAUCAAAUAAGCAAAACUGCAUCAGACUUAUCAUUUGAAAUCGUUUUUUCACCAUUCAUCACACACGUGAUGGUAGAAAAAAUCGAUUGCAAAUGCAAUGGCUCAGAGGAAUUUCAAUGUCGAAUAAGUUAUUUUCAACACAUUUGAAAGAUUAGAUAAUGAUUGACUUAACAUUUUUAUCCGCUUUUAAUUAUUAAAAAAAGGAGCAUAUUUUUCUAUCCACAAAAUUUUCCUUGUAAAGACGAGUCUCCAAGACAAAUGCAUUUAAUCUUUCAAAAAUUGAAAAUAAUUUAUUCAUUCCUCUUUAUACUUAUAGUAUAUACUAUAUAGUAUAUAAAACAAAAAAAAAAUUACUAAAAAUUUAAGUACAUAAAUGUUUUACUAGAUACACAAACAUACCAAUUUCUCUAUGUACUGACCCAAAUAGAAAGGAAACAAAGCAACAACAAAAAAAGUCAACUACCAAAAUACCACCAUCAUACGUGCAAAAAGAAAAAUAACAAUCUCCAAAGAAAUUUAAAUUAAAUAAUAUACUUAAUCAAGCGCCAUUGUUCGUUAAUACUUCUAACGAGUGAAUUCUCGCUGAAAUUGUUCACUUUCACCUGUUUCCAAUUCUUAUUCGACGUUCUGAAUUUUUCCGGUGGAAAAUUCCACAAUGUUAAACUGUUGAAAUACGAAUUUUGAAAAUGGACACGAUUUUUAUUAGAAAGUAACGUCAUUGAUUCACAGAAGUGUGAGAGAGGCAUUAAAAUAUGGUACUCACAUUGUUAUGUAAUCCCCCCCCAAAAAAUGGCUAAUUCAGUAUCCAUUCAAGUGCAUAGGGAUUUGGAUCAAAUAUUUAUCUACUUUAAUGUUCUAGACUUGAUUUUUAUGUGUGCGUGAAUAUUUUUCAUUAAGUCAACAUAUGUGGGGCAGAGGAAUUUCAAACUGAACGAAAAAAAAAAAACAAAAUGAAAUUUCUGAAAAAACAAAAAUUAACAAAAAGAAAACCGAUUCAAAAAUCAAGUGCAUCAAUGAAAUAAGAAACGCAUUGAAUUUUGAUCGAUUGGAAUAAUGAAAUUUGAAUGGUAAAACUGCAUCCAUAAUACAUCCAUUGAAUUUCGGAAUUUUCAUUUCGACGAAUUAAAUUGCCAAAAGUCAAUAAGUUUUAAAUUCCUCUGCCACUGCUGAUAGACUUUAAGUUUUGAAAUCAAUCAGUAGGAGUAAUAUUAUAAUCGUAUUGCAUUCACAUUUACUUGAGAUGAAAGAAGUGUGAAAAUUAUAAACAAAAAUAACAACAACAAAAAAAAAAUGCUUGAAAAAGAGAGAAGAGAAGCGCGCCAAUCACCGAGAAUUGAACGGGACAGAUUUUAUGUGUAUGUGUGUGGAGUAUCUCUUAUUCAAAUCAUCAAUACGCCCAGCAAUCAAUUCACAAAUGCAUGAAACGCGCUUUUACACGAAAACGGAAUUUUCAUGAAUGGUUUCUAAAUCAAUAUUUAAAUUUGUUGUCACUGUUAUGCAUUUGUGAAUUGGUUCGCUUAUUUAUUCUUUUUUUUCGGCUUGAUUUUGAACGUUUUGAAAUGAAAAGAAAUGAAAAAUUCAAAAUCCAAGUGAAAAUAAAGAGAAAAUCCCCACUCAACUAAAUAUAAGAUUAUCGAGUGUAUUUCAAAGAAAUUCUAUUUGAAUAGAUAAUGUCAACUAUCCAGGCAAAUACAAUCAACAUGGAUCCAAUGCGAACCAAAUAAAAAAAAACAACAACAACAGAAUACACGUUAUAGAUCGCGUGAAAUACAAAUAAUAGACAAAUCAUUAAUUCACUGAGUGAGGUAAAUUAUACCAUUUGCAAAAAUACAAAGACAAAACCAAAA